AUGCUUCGCCUCUUCCUCUUCCUCUUCCUCCUCCUGCUGUCAUGGCCGCCGGUCAGCGGAGACGCCGGGGCCACCCGGCUCGACGUGGGGGGCCCGCCAUCUAAGAUAGCGGUCAUCGGGGCAGGGAUAGGUGGUACCGCCACGGCUCAUUUCCUGCGCCAGCACUUUGGCCCUGAGGUCCAGGUGGAUGUGUUUGAGAAAGGAGAGGUCGGAGGUCGUCUCGCCACAGUAACGGUCAAUCACCAUGACUACGAGUCAGGGGGAUCCAUCAUUCACUCCCUCAACCUCCACAUGCAGGAUUUUGUCAAACAGUUAGGUCUGAAGUACCGUCGCAGCGUGGCAGGUAAGACGGCGGUGUUUAACGGUGAAGAGGUGAUUCUGGAGGAGACGGACUGGUACCUGCUGGACCUGUUCCGUCUUUGGUGGCGUUAUGGCAUCAGCUUCAUUCGCUUGCAGAUGUGGGUGGAGGAGAUAAUGGAGAAAUUCAUGAGGAUUUAUAAGUACCAGGCUCACGGCUAUGCCUUCAGCUCAGUGGAAGAGCUGCUAGGCUCUCUGGGUGGGAGUGGCUUCAUAAACAUGACCCGGCGGCCGCUCUCCGAUUCCCUGCUGGAGCUGGGCGUGUCCCAGCACUUCAUAGACGAGGUCAUCGCCCCCAUCAUGAGAGUCAACUACGGACAGAAUGUCAGCAUCCCUGCAUUUGUAGGCGCCGUGUCCCUAGCUGGUGCCCAGACCAACCUAUGGGCGGUUGAAGGCGGCAACAAGCUGGUGUGCUCUGGUCUGCUGAAGCUAGCUAACGCGAACCUGCUGCAGGCCCAAGUCACUACUGUCUCCCCUGUCUACUCCGGAGAGAUAGUCCAGUACCAGCUGAGCUUCAAUACAGCAACCGGGUCAGGUUCAGAGCUGUAUGACAUUGUGGUGUUGGCCACGCCGCUCCAGACCAGCGUGGCGUCCGGGGUCAAGUUCCAGGGUUUCUCCUCGCCCUUUGACACGCUGCCCGGCGAAUACCAUCGCACCGUGGCGACUGUCGUCCAUGGUUACCUCAACACCUCUUUCUUCGGUUUCCCGGACCCCCGCCUGUUCCCCUUCGCCAGCGUCCUGACAACCGACACGCCCGAUCUGUUCUUCAACAGCGCAGCCAGCGUAUGCCCCGUCAACAUCUCGGCGGGGUUCAGACGCAAACAGCCGCAGGAGGCCGGGAUCUACAAGGUGUUCUCACCUCAGCCACUGGACAAGGCCCAGCUCAAAACACUCUUCAGGUCUUACUACUCAGUGCAGGUGACGGAGUGGCAGGCCUACCCGCAGUACGCCAGCGGUCAGGGACUACCGCCGGUGGAGCUCCACUCUAAUCUCUACUACCUCAACGGCAUUGAGUGGGCUGGCAGCGCUAUGGAGAUGAGCUCAGUGGCCGCCAAAAACAUUGCCCUGCUGGCCUACCACCGCUGGAACCGGCAGACAGACAUGGUGGACCAGAAGGACCUAAUGCAUAGGAUCAAGACUGAACUAUGACCUGUUUGUCUGCGUCGCCAAGCCCUCGCCCAAACUGCUAAACUGUGUACGAACCUAACAACCUCAAACGUAGCUCACCAGAAAACACUGAAAGGGAUUUCUGUCUCUUCAACCAAAUCACAACAGCAGUGGGUUGGGGACCCACAUCGCUGACAAUGCCGGAGAAAUCAUGGAUGUUCUGUCAGCGACACCAACCGCUACAUGUCGGAAAUGACCUAUAAGAAUGCUCUCUAAUGCAGUCACAAGGCGUCUAUCUCUCUCCAUCGCCUCAAUCUAUCACAAACACUGGAAUGAUAUUUAACCUGUUUGAUAGUUAGCACAGCAGGACAUAGCAAGUAGAGUGAUGCUAGGUGUCUCCAAAUUGUGUUUUGAAAUAUGUGGAUGAUGCGUUUAAUUUUCUGGCAGAUAUCUACUGCAUGGACUCAAAUCGAAAUAAUGGCAUCAUGCAGUAACUGUCAACCCUAAGCCCAUAAACUCUAUUGUGACCUACUUGAAGGAAUUCAAACAUGUAUUGUUUAGCGGAAGAGCUUUGGCACCUUUAUAUCGUGUACAUAAACAGUCUUAACACUGCUAGCGACCACAUGCUCCCUGUCACCACCCAUUUAUCAAUGUUAACUGGCUGAUUGCCUGGCUGCAUGUGUCAGUGUUGUCGCAUAGUGCAGUUUUGUUAAGUUCAAGAGCUACGGAAAUCUGAGUAGAGAAAAGCCACAAUCCUUCCCAACAAAAUAGUACCUUUAUCAAUUGAUAUCUAUAUCUGCCCCUUAACAGUUCCGAGACUGGCUUCUGGGUAGCGUAGUGGUCUAUUUCGUUGCCUACCAACAUGGGGAUAGCCGGUUCAAAUCCCCGUGUUACCUCUGGCUUAGUCGGGCAUCUCUACAGACUCAUGGGUGUGUGUCCUGGUCGCUGCACUAGCGCCUCCUCUGGUCGGUCGGGGCGCCUGUUCGCGGGGGAGAGGGGGAAUAGCGUGAUCCUCCCACGCGCUACGUCCCCCUGGCAAAACUCCUCACUGUCAGGUGAAAAGAAGCGCCUAGUGACCCCACAUGUAUCGGAGGAGACAUGUGGUAGUCUGCAGCCCUCCCCGGAUCGGCAGAGGGGGUGGAGCAGUGACCAGGACAGCUCAGAAGAAUGGGGUAAUUGGCCGGAUACAAUUGAGGAGAAAAAGGGGUAAACCCCCCCCCCCCCAACAAAAAAAAGCCAGUUCCGAGAUCGUAAUGAGAUUAGGUGAGGGCAGUUAUAUCCCGAGAGGAGAUCUUAAUGUGAAUCGUGCUAUUAUAACAUUAGUUAAAAUGAUACCGUGCAUCACUGGUCUCUGAGGAAAAUUACCUGUUUUACUGGCCCUCAACCACAGGUAGGUCAGAGGUCAGGAGGUGGCACUGAUUCAAGAGUCUUGUUCACGAGCACAUUUUUGGAGUGAAUGCUCCUGGACAAAUGGCUUCUGUGUCGAUUGCUGGCUAAAGGACGAAUCCUGUGACUGCCAGACAACAGACAACCCUGCUGUCCAAAACCUUACUGUUAACAGAGGGGGAUUUCAGAUCACUGACAUCCUAUCCAUUAGGGCAGGGGAACAGUGGAGCAUGUGUCUUCAUGAUUUUGUAACCUGGCUAUACAACUGUUGUGUGCACAAGGUCCUGGACCCUGUCUAUCUGUGUACCACUCCAGAUGUAUUGGCAUCUUUAUCUUCCAUUCGCUUGCUGUUACUGCAAGGUUAUCUCACUGAAAGCAAUCUCGUGGGGUUUUUUUUAAAUAAAUACAGUCAUCCUUAAAUGAAGUCGUGAUAAUAGCCACUGGCGCUAUGUUCUUUAGCCCCCGUGACCUGGGAUCAACCCUUCUUGUUUCCCCUUCCUGCUGCUUCUGUUGCAUAACUCAGUGGAAAGAAUUUUUUUUCUGAUGAAAUGAGCCAGCAAGGUCUCAAAUUGGACAAAAGAAAAGUAGAGAGCAAAUCUUUUAGGUGCUACCGGGAGUGAUUUUAGUUUGGCAAUACAUCACAACGUGUUUCACAAAAAAAAAAAAAAGAAAAGGAAAAAAACAUUGAGGCUGUGCACCAUCUCUCAGUUGCACUUUUACGGAGAUAUAAGAGCUUCAAAUACUGAGCUAUUGUUUUCUAGCUCAACAAGGAGUAUUUUAAGCUACUUUGUUUGAACCAGUAGUGUAGUCAAAGGCACGCCAUGGUAAAUGUACCACUAAGAUAACACGGUAUACUAAAAUAUCAGCCCACUUAAUAGAGUGUUUGCCGAUGGUCAUGUCACAGUAUAGCUAACUAUUGAACUAUAAGGGUGGGUUUGAAUCAUGGUGCUGUGCCACUGAAGGGAAUAAUAGAAAAUGAGCGGCACGGUGGCGCAGUGGUUAGCGCUGCCGCCUCACAGCAAGAAGGUCCUGGGUUCGAACCCCAGGGGUUGUCCAACCUUGGGGUCAUCCCAGGUCGUCCUCUGUGUGGCGUUUCCCCCACCAUCAAAAAGACAUGCAUGUUAGGGUUAAUACGCCUGUCUGGGCCCUUGACCGAGGCAUGGCAAGACGAACUGGAGUUGGUACCUGGGUGCUGCAUGGUGGCUGCACAGUGGCUGCCUACUGCUCCAAGCUACGCAGCUAGGAUGGGUUGAAUGCAGAGCAGAAUUUCCCUACGCGGAUCAUUAAAGUAUAUCAAAAUAAAAAAAAUCAAAAUUGAGACCAAGGUUUUCCCCCCCAUUGUUUAGCAUUGGGUGAAAUGACCAAUCGAGCCCUUUCACUUUAAUACUGACUCAUAAAAAUGUACUUGGACAGUAGUGAUUUUAAGCCUAAGAAGGACUCGAACACUA